AUGGCUUUCACGGACGACGCUGUUAAGGCGAAGCUCUCUGCUUUGAACGAGACGCAGGAGAGCAUUGUCACUGUGGCGCAAUGGGUCAUGUUCUACAAGAGACAUGCCGAACGGACUGCGCAGAUAUGGCUUAACAAGAUUCACGAGUCUCCACCCCCGAAACGGCUCAAUCUUAUCUACCUUGCAAAUGAGCUUGCACAACAAUCCAAGGCGAAGAACAAGGAUGAUUUCCUCAAUGCUUUUGCACCUAUUAUCGUCGAAGCUACCGGCACCGCAUACAAGGGAUCAUCGGUCGACAUUCAACAGAAGUUGCGUCGAGUCGUCGAAGUCUGGAGAGCGCGCAGGGUUUUUGAGGAGCCCAUCUUGGAUGCGGUGGAAGCCCGCGUGAACGAGAUCGACAAGACUCGGUCUACCACCAAGAAGCAGCCUCUCGGCGGCUCAUUCUUCAGAGAAUCCUCCUCCAGCUCUAUUCCCUCCGAGCUACGGCCAUUAGUUCCUCUCCAAACAGCGCUCACCAAAGCAGCCAUGACCUCCGGACCCAAACACACCUCGUCCUCCCCACCCGUCCACGCAGCACGUCUCAGCCAGCUGCUCAAAACCCUUGCCAACGCAGAAAGCUCAGUAUCGGAUGUUAUCAAGUGUCGCCGGGCCAUAAUCAACGAGCUAGAUAAGAUACUCGAGAGCAAUCGAUCUGACCUCGCCCGCGAAGAAGCUCUCUUUACCAAGUUCAGCGAGCGGAAGGCUGAAAUUGACGCCAAAAAGCACGAAGUGGAAGACGCUAUUGUACAGGGGUUCGACAACGACCAGGAAAUCUCGCCAGACGUGGAAGCCUUGACUCCUCCUCCAGUCGAGGCGCUCACUCCUGUGGCUUCGCCCAAGCCCGAGCAGCAGCAGCAGCAGCAGCAUGUUAGCCAUGGCCCAUUCUCGGAGGACACUCCAGUCACUCUUCCCCAGUCUUUGGUGAUUCCCAAUGCUGCUCAAGUGGACCAAGGAACCGAGUUUCCAACUGCGAUAUCCCCUGUCGGCGGUAAUGAUUUUGAUUUUGGCUCCAAUGGAACAGGCGCUAAGCGCCGUAAGCUUUCGCACGGCGAAGAGGAUUAUGCGCAGUAUGCUACCGGUGAUUUGGAUGCUGAUGUUGCGGACAUGAUUGCCCAAGAGGAAAGGCAACAGCGGUGA